AUAUGUUCUUGAGCAUGAUUUAUUUCCUGUAUUCAAACUAUUUCGAUCAUAUUGUAUGUAAAUGUUCAUGUAAAUGACCUGUUUUUAUCCCUUCAAUGUUACUGACAAGUUUCUUACACAAUGAUGUGCAGAAGUUUGACCGAGCAAACGCAACCGCGUCAUAACCGCGACCACACCAGACAAAAAACCCUAUUCAGACUAAACCGUGAUACGGCCACAGCUUUGAGGUCCAGACUGUUAGAAAGGAGGAGCGAAAUUUGACGCGCGUGUAUUUGUUGAACCGUUAUCCUCAAUGUGAAGCAGCGAGCGCUCGUGACAGCAGCGCGCCGCGCGCGGACUGCCAGUGUGGGCGUUUCAUGACGCGCGUGAAUUACAGGUAUCUAUUAAACCGUCGCGCGCGUCACGAACACGCCAAACGCGUUCUGUUUAUUCAGGUAAACACUAGUGAACACUAUUGAGCUCUGGCGAGGUCUGUCUUAUACAACCAGCGCAACUUUAUCACGUCCAGACCAUUAUAACGUGUCACGGGUCUGAACAUCAACUCAUCGUGACUGGAUGAUGCACAUCACCGUGACUGCCGACAUCCUCCGGAGAUCUAAAGAGUCCUGAUCUGCUCAGCGGAGGAUCGCAACACAGGAGGGACCGGGACGCUGCGAGAAGUUAGCGUUCCCUCAUUGCACCAGCUGUCGGGAAAGAGCACCUGCGGUUAUUCAGUUCCCCUAGUGGAUCUCUGCAAAGUUCCUACUUGCGUUUGCGCUUUCAUGACAUCUUGAAAUUUCCUGGAAUGCUUUGACAGCACUGUUGUUCUGAGUAAAGUCAGGUCACCUGUCUUUGACCUCCGGCCCGUGGGAACCUUUAGGUUGGUUAGCUUGGAAGAAAUGAACUCGACCAACUUCUGGAUAAACGCUUCAUGCUGUUAAACGACAGGAUUGACACAAAGACGAUGUAGAAAUAUGAGCUGAAUUGAGACUCGUUGAGUGAACUUUCCAACAGCGACGUGACCAGCGAUAAGACUUUGAAUCUUUUCCACUGGAUCCUGGAGGGCCCAAACUUCACCGAGGUGUUCAUCAUGGUGAUGUCGCAGGGCACCUAUACGUUUUUGGCGUGCUUUGCCGGCUUCUGGCUGAUCUGGGCUCUCAUUGUAAUGCUCUGCUGCUUUUGCAGCUUCGCCCAGCGCAAACUGAAGCGCCAUCGUGAAGAGAGAUUAAGAGAACAGUGUCUGCGGGCUCUGGAGAUGGAGCCUUUGGACUGCGGUGGAGGGGGGUAUCCUCCGAGAGAACAGCCUCAGUUCUGCCCGCCGCUUCAGGUGAUGUCCCCACAGGUGCCUGUGACUCACACCCUCCCUCAAGGAAACUGGAACACCCCGGAAGCAGAAACGGAUGUCUUCGGUAAACCGCCUUGCUACGAAGAAGCCGUACUGAUGGAGGACCCACCUCCCCCUUACAGUGAAGUUCUGGCUGGAACUUACACCAAACCAACAACCCGCUCCUCCAGGGUACACCAGGAGCCCGAGACCAGCAAGCUGGCUCCCAUGACUGUGUUUCCCCAUCAUGGCUACUCCUCCCUCAUACGCCUGCCCUCCACCAGACGAUGGGACUCGCUCGGACACCUCCUGUCCACCAUGGACCUCAACCACAACAACAUGCCAGUAGAGCCUCAAGCAUCUGCUAUUGCCACGAUGCCCCGCGAGAGCCGGACUCACACAGACUUGGGCUUGCGGGACCUCCGAGGUUUGGAUCAACAUUACGGUUUGCCCACGGCCUUUCCACUUUUGGGCCGAAGCACCGCGGUUUGAGACCCUGCCUGUGUCACGAAACAGACCUUGCCGUACAAGUUUUUGAAUGUUUUGGGAUGUGGGAUGAGAGGAUGAUUCAGUUCUACAUUGUAUUUGAGAAAGAGAGAGGUUUUGAUCCAUCAUGCUCUCAUUUUUAACUCGUCCUCUCUGUGGCAUCACUGCCUGAUGCAGAGUACUAGCUAUUAUGUGAACGCUGUUGCCAUGGCUCCCGGGAGUCGUCUGCAGCCCACCAACGCCUUGCCGCUCACAUCCUCUCAAGCGCACUUCUCAUCUGUGGCUCACCGAUAUAACACAAAUGACAUUUCAAACCCUGCUGUUGUAAACUGGGGAUAACAUAGAGCAUAACGAAAUAACAGCGGUCGAACUGUAGCUGCCCAAUGCUGCAUCGUUUUAUAAACUGUGAAACAACAUGAAAACAAACUUUCAAUGUAUAUGUUUUAAAACCUGAAUAUUGUGUGAAACGAACUCUUUUUCCAGACGGAUUUUAGACUUUCGGCAAGCUGAAGCUUACCAUUACAGACUGCAGAUCCUUCCGAGCUGACCGUUCACAUUUAGUGUCUUUUGUGUGCGCAAGUUCGUUUCUUGAAACGUAGAAGCGCGGCAAGCGUUGCAAAGAUUACAACUUUUCAGAAUGACGCAGGUCAUGUGACAAGAACCAACCAAUCAGCUUCACCUCACUAAAGAUGAGGAACAGACAACAUAAUCUAGUAGCAGAGUUAUUGCAAUGGAUUUUCGGUGCUCAGCAUCCUUUUAUACUUUGCCAGAACCUUCUCGUCUUCACGGCGAGCACGGCUCAUGGUUGCCUAGCAACGGCAGGAAAAAAACAAAUAUUUUUUGGCAAAAACAUUUUACACACGUAUUUAGAUGUGAAAUGGGAACAGGCCCUAAUGAAAAUAUACAUGUGCGUAGUCCUCAAAUGAGGAGAACGUCCUGUAGAGGGGUUUCACGACGCGUCAUCACCCGGAAGUCUGUCAUACUGGCGGUACUGAACGUAAACAAUAACCGAACGGAGCUUGUGAGUUUCGAUGAUAAUUGCUGUUGAAAAUGGUCCAUCAUUGUCGUGCUUUGGGGUGUACUAAUCGCUCAGACCGGGAAAAACAUCCGGAGUUCUACCUACACAUAGGCAGGCUACCCCCUAUUAACUUUAGUUUGUCAAAAAUAUCGCCUCCUUUCCUGCUUACCAAGUCCUUCUCUAUAUGAUUAUUAGCUUCCAUGCGGGGUUUAAACAUCUUAAAUUAGUAGAACAACGCCUUUUGUUGUAUAUUAACCUUGCAAUCCAUGCUGUUGUUCAGAUCCGAGUAUCUCCAAUAUGGCCGCACAUCCGGUUAACUGACCAAACCGUGACGUAGGUGCAAACCCUCUAUUUCAAUUCAUGAGUCCAAUUUGGGUACACAGAGAGAAAGGGCCGUUUACUAUUAUAUUUUUACUCUUUCUGAGUCACUGUAUGAAUAACAAUUAUUGUUGAAUGAAAGGGCCUUAGUUAUGAUGACCAAUGAAUGGGUAUUGAGAAUGUCAAAACAUUUUCAUACUUCACAGAGUUGUCCACUUUACUUCCCGCUUGUGUCGCGGCUGUAACAUUCAGGACUUCCUCUUUGAGCAAAGCCAGCCUGCCUGUUAUUUCUCAUCAGUGUGGUUAUUGCUGCAUUGUGAAAAGCUUUUAGGUUUUUCUUUUAUUGCCAUCAUUUGCCAUUAUGUUUUCUGUGCCCUUAAACAACUCUACCUCAAUCCAUCUAAUGACUGCCUUUGUCGUUUCCCCGGCGCGUAACGCUGCUUUCAUGCGUGUGCUUGAUGCUCUCGGGUGUCUUUUGAUUGAAACAGGAUCCAUUUUAGAAAUGUGGAAAAGCAAUUAGUGGCCUAUGUAGAUGCGCAUUUGUGCAUCUUGAUUUUAAUGUCAUGGUGAUGUCAUUGGUUUAUGGCGGACGUGAAAUGCGUACUUGUGGAGAUCACAUAAAAAAAGCAUAACGGAAUCCCGUAACUCAAUAGCAUUGAAUUCACUUAUUCUGAAGUUGCACAAUUGCUUAUUCUUUAUUGAAAUCCAAAUGAAUAGAAGUUAAUGAUAAUAAAUAAGAACAGGCGUAUUUAUUUCCUUUUGUUUGGAUUUCAAUGCAUUAAGUAUUGGAAAAUAUGACCAUGUUAUAUUAUAAGUGGGCUAGAACGUCCUGCGGGCAACUGUCAAUCAGUUCAGGUGAAACAUUUAGGGUUUGUCACUGGCUGAAUACAUAACUGCAAAGACAAUCAACAAAAUAGUGCGUUUGUUUUUGCACAUUUAUUGCAUUUAAAAUUGUUCCCAUGGCUCUCGAAAUCUGUCUAUGGCCCAAAAGUAUGUCGAGUUUAAUGGAGUUUUGUUUAUAACGUGAUUGUUUUCCAAUCUGUUUUCAUUUACUCCGUUACAUCACAACAAGGCACAUCUCCUCCAGCAAUGUGUUGCUAAGCGACCGCAGCCGAUCGUGUGAAUGUGUUAACACAGAUGAAGUGAACAGUACCAUCGCUGCACCGGGUACUCAGAAUUCUCACGGUGAGACGUGAAUUAGCAUUUAUGAGACGUAUUGCAUAACAUGGGUGUCCUGAGGGAAACAGCGACGAUUUCCAUAAAAGGCAUUUGGGUAGAGUUUGGUGUCUUCUUUUAAAGCAUAAUGUUUUGAGCACAUUGAAUACAUAUAUUUGCCCUUAACUGUUAUCAACUAUUUGAAACGUGGUCAAACAAAAUUAUUUUGACAAUCUGAACGUCACUUUACUGUAGUAAAGGAAACAUUGAUUUACAAAACUGUAAUGUGAAGCUGUUUCCCACAUCACAGUGACUGGAGUCCAAGGUCAUUUUUUUUUAUGGGUUUCAUUUUCAACCACCACACUUUCCAGCACUGUACCCGAUUGGGCACUUUCUUAAUUUAAUUUUGUACAUUCAGGCUGUUUUUAAGUUCGUUUACUGCUGAAAAGGAAAUGUAAGGCUUGGGAGGAUUGCAAAAAACCUCAUAUAAAAUGUCUGAACACUUACAGAGUUCCUAUAAGAAUGUAAAGCAAGCCCAGAGAGCACAGAUACGUAUGUAAGAUGUCUGCUUAUAAAAACGCUCACUUCUGGUCCUUGAUUCUGAUUGGCUGAGCGGAGUUCUAAACCGUUAUAAAAUAAACUGAAAUAUAACAGCUGACCUACCAGAUAGCCUAAAUAUCCUUUUAUUAACUUUAUUUGAUUAAAUCUUGCUUAGCAUAUGGAAUAACCGUUUUAUAAAAGCAAUAAGAAAAACAUCUAAUAAACAUCUUAAUGACAUCUGACAGGAAAGGUCUUAGAGACGAAAUGUAGAUGAGCAAACAAUAAAAACUCUUUCAGAUGUACAUGCAAACAUCAAAUAGACGUCUCCAAGAAGUAUGUGUGCUCUCUGAGCGUCUUUCACAGAACAUAUGUUGAGAAAGAAGAGUUCAACUUAGCGACAAGCACUUUGUCAUCUAUUUGUUGAAAGUGCCAUCAUUAUGAGACCUAAUCUGUUUUGAGUUUUGUCUUUUUCGUUGUUUUGAUAUAGAGCACAACUGCCUCUAUUUAUUCUUCAUUUGGUUUCGAUUGACUUUCUAGAAAUCAUAUUUUCUGUGAAUGGCAAACUGUGAAAGUGUACCAUCAUGCAAUGUUCACGUAGCAUGCGACGUGUGCUUGUGUGAAGACACACAACAACCGGAGCUGCGUAUCACUUCAUAGCUGCUAUGUAUCUCCAUACAAGUGAGGAGUUUUGGUUUGUUUACACAAAAUACACAAUACACAUAUUGAGGCAGUGAGUGACAAUGAGCUCUUAAUAAUAAAACUCUUACGACGGCA